UUUCGAGGGGAGGGAUUUUUGUAUCGAUAUUUGAGACUUCCGACGCCUUUGUCAAUUCGGUUUUUAUAAAACAUUGUUUACUGCCUCUUCGAUAAACUAAGGUUCCUUUCGCUGCGCGGAUUAGGAACCCUUGCAGCUCCCACGUGAAAUGGCGUCCGGCUCGACCUUGCAGAAAGCUAUAGAUAUUGUGACCAAAGCUACGGAAGAGGAUAGAAAUAAAAAUUAUGAUGAAGCCCUCCGGUUGUACGAGCACGGCGUUGAGUACUUUCUCCAUGCAAUCAAAUAUGAAGCACAGGGUGACAAAGCGAAGGACUCGAUACGAGCUAAAUGCUUCCAGUACCUUGACCGGGCGGAAAAGUUAAAGGCGUAUUUGAAAAAGGGCAAGAAGAAACCGGUUAAGGAUGGCGACGGACCGGCCGCAAAGGAAGACAAGAAGAACGACAGCUCCGACUCGGAUUCAGAUGAUCCGGAGAAAAAGAAUCUUCAGAGUAAGCUUGAAGGUUCAAUCGUUAUCGAGAAGCCGAAUGUGAAGUGGUCUGACGUAGCGGGUCUCGAGGGAGCUAAAACAGCCCUCAAAGAGGCGGUUAUUUUGCCCAUUAAAUUUCCACACAUGUUUACGGGAAAACGCAUGCCCUGGAAGGGAAUACUGUUGUUUGGGCCUCCCGGAACGGGAAAAUCGUACUUAGCGAAAGCGGUCGCAACUGAAGCAAACAACUCGACUUUCUUCUCCGUCUCGAGCUCCGAUUUGGUCUCGAAGUGGCUCGGUGAAUCUGAAAAGCUUGUGAAAAACCUUUUUGAGCUCGCCCGCAGCCACAAACCGAGCAUCAUCUUCAUCGACGAAGUAGACUCACUCUGCUCCGCUAGGUCGGACAACGAGAGUGAAAGCGCACGACGCAUUAAGACAGAAUUUUUGGUGCAAAUGCAGGGCGUUGGCAGCGACAAUGAGGGCAUCCUGGUGCUAGGAGCAACCAACACACCUUGGAUUCUCGAUUCCGCCAUACGUCGUCGAUUCGAGAAACGCAUUUACAUCCCGUUGCCGGACGAGAAUGCUCGCCUCGUGAUGUUUAAGAUACAUCUUGGCAGCACGGCCCACACACUGACGGAAGAAAACUUACGUACAUUAGCAGCCAAAACGGAAGGAUUCUCCGGUUCGGACAUUUCGAUUGUUGUGCGGGAGGCACUUUUUCAACCGGUCCGGAAGGUACAGACAGCAACGCAUUUCAAGCAGAUUACAGGUCCAUCGCCAGUGGACAAGAAAACAAUUUGCAAUGAUUUGUUAGUACCGUGCAGCCCUGGCGAUCCAGGCGCGAUCGAGAUGACGUGGAUUGAUGUACCAGGUGACAAGCUGUAUGAGCCACCUGUAACGAUGACCGAUAUGCUGAAAUCUCUGGCUAGCACGAAACCGACUGUUAACGAGGACGACAUGAAAAAGCUUGAUAAAUUCACCGAAGAUUUUGGUCAAGAAGGCUAAUAUAGCUGAGUUCUUUCAAUGAAUUGCAAUGCAAUUGAUGCCCCCUUUCUUCCUUUCCAUACACAAUCGACCCAUCACUCCAACAGAAAAAAACUAAUAUCUACUAUUACCGACUACACAAGAGAGGCAUAAACAGGAAUUUAUGCCAAGCAUUGGAAAGUAAUACCCUGUAUAUAGGAGUGAAAUACAUACUCUGUUAUUUUC